CUUCUGCUACCCCUCCCUGGGGGGCGGAGGAGGGUUUAUCAGACCUCUCCGGAGAAGCCCAGUCCCCAGUCCGGGCGAGAUACAUAGGGCCCUGCAUUCUCCCCCACCUCAAGAGACGCUGCUAAACCUAGCACAGGGGAGCCAACGGUAUGGUCCGGGAGGGCAGGGACCCCUGGAGAGGCAUCUGCAGUAACGGCCCUUUCCCCUUGCUUCAGGGGCAGCAGGGCCGGCUUCUCCUCCUUCUCCAGCUGCUGCUGGUGCAGCUGUUGCGCCCAGCCAGCCGCGCCCUGGGCGCCCCGGUUUCAGAUGUCUGUGCCACUUGCCAUGUCCAUGCCACCUGUCAGCAGAGAGAUGGGAAGGAGAUCUGUAUCUGCAAUUACGGAUUUGUUGGCAAUGGGAGGACCCAGUGUCACGAUAAAGAUGAGUGUCAGUUUGGAGCCACUGUGGUCUGUGGGAACAAAACAUCGUGCCAUAAUACACUUGGAGGCUUUUAUUGCAUUUGUCUGGAAGGAUAUCGAGCAACAAACAACAACAAGACAUUCAUUCCCAAUGAUGGCACUUUUUGUGCAGACCUGGAUGAAUGUGAAGUACCAGACAUCUGUGGUCCUGGGGGACAGUGUGUGAAUACUCAGGGAAGCUUUGAGUGCUAUUGCAAGGAUGGAUACCUUCCCCUAAAUGGGGCACAACCUUUCCACCCUACGAGGGACAGUACAUCAUGUACAGAAAUAGACUGUGGGACACCUCCAGAGCUUCCAAAUGGCUACAUCAUCGGCAAAUAUGCAUCUAAACUGGGUGACCAAGUUCACUAUGCUUGUAAAGAAGGAUUUUACAGUGACCAGGAAGAGAGUGUGACAAGUUGUACCGCUGGUGGCACCUGGGAGACCCCAAAGAUACACUGUCAAGCUGUGGACUGUGGGGUUCUGCCUUCCUUCCCAAAUGCCUUUCCAACUCUUCUGAACAACACCACAUAUGGAAGUCGAGUUGUGUACGAAUGCUGGAAGGGGUACGUGCCAGAGACCAGCAACACUGUUGUUUUUUGCAACACCCAAGGACAAUGGGAAGGCCCGUCUCUCAUGUGCAGAGAGAUAGAGUGUGGCAGCCCACCAGUGAUCCAGAAUGCAAUCCUUGUAGGGAACUACAGUUCUAACCUGGGAAGUGUGGUCUACUAUACUUGUAUAGAUGGUUUUGAGAGCACUGGAGGGAACCUCACCUCACUUUGCACAGCAGAAGGUACCUGGAGGAAAACCAGCUUAUAUUGCACAGAAAAAAAGGCAUCGAUUACAAAUGUGUCUGUGUUUAAUAAUACCUGUGUGAAGUGGAGUGUAAGCCCAGGAAGAGAGGACGUGAAGAUGGUAUAUCUGAUACACGUUAAAGAGCAGCAACAGCACCAGACAGAGUUUCUCCAUGAGGACUUGUUGAACUUUACCACAAGUGCUCAAGAACCUGAGGUCUGCCUAAAUCUGCAUAAGGGUACCAACUAUACCCUGACCAUUAAGAUCACCUUUCCUAGGCUCUCUGAGCCUGUAACUGCCAGGAUCCAAACAGCUGAUGAUGGUGGAUUCUUCGAUGUGUUGCUGUUUAAUGAAACUUGUUUGAAAUGGAAGAAGCUUCCUAGAGAUGCUGCAGAAGAGCAAAUGUACCAGUUUCAUGUUCUGGGACAAAGAUCGUAUCAGAGUAAUUUUUAUCAUGAGGCAUCAUUUAACUUUACUACGAGAGAAAGAUUUCCAGAGCUGUGUUUAGAUCUGUACCCAAGAACUUAUUACACAGUUAAUAUCACCACUGUGGCAUUUCCAAAACACUCAGCGCACAUCAUCAUAGCAACACCAAGAUCAGUAAAGCAAAUCAUCAGUAACAUUUCAGUUCUUAAUGAAACCUGCUUGAAGUGGAAGAGAAAUAUGAAGAUGGCUGAUUCAGAGGAGAUGUAUUUAUUCCACAUAUGGGGCCACCGAGGGUAUCAGAAGGAAUUUGACCAGGAAGUGUCAUUUAACCUGACCACUGAUAGUCAGGCUCCUGAGGUGUGCCUAGAUCUGUACCCAGGCACCAACUACACCAUAAACAUCACGGCUGCUUCCUCUGGACUUCCUGUGCUGGUCUCCCUUAUGACCCAGAUAACUGAGCCUCCCAUUCCAGACAUAGAAUUUAUUGCAGUACAAGAUGGUCCUUUACCACCUCUGAGUCUGUGGAAAGCAGAGAACAGAAAUGGACCCAUCAGUUCCUAUCAAGUGUUGGUGCUGCCCUUGGCUCUCCAAAGCAAGUUUCCCUGUGAUUCUAUACAGGAUACCACUUUCUUUAGCAAUGACUCAAGUACCAAGGGAUAUGUGGCUGCAGAAUUCCUGGCCAAAGACAUCCCUGAUGUCCGAGAAAUCUCCCUUGGAGACAGACUGUACUAUGGGAAGUUUUACAAUGCACCCUUGAAACCAAGAAAUGAUUACUGCAUUAUAUUGCGGAUCACCAGUGAAUGGAAUCAGGUGAGAAGACAGUCCUGUGUAGUCUGGGCUGAAGUGAAAGAUUCAUCUCUCACUUUGCCCCAGAUGAUGGGUGUUGGAUUGGGAUCCAUAGGCGCUGUGGUCAUUUUAGUGCUUAUCUCUUUCUCAGUAGUAUGAAAGUCAGCCAGCUUUGGGGUCAGGAAUCGCUUCUGAAGAUCACACAGAACCUACCUCAAAUGCAUCCUGAAAGUGAAGCAAGCUGAAAAUGAGAAGCAGGACCUGACCAAAAUGAAUCUGUAUCAUUGAAGGGUGGUGAUCAAGGAAGAGAAAUCCUUGGACACAAUUCCAUGAAAGAGUCAAACUGUUUAAGGCAACUUUAGAUAUCCAUAGACGGUCGUUGGCUUACGUAGGGAGAGCAAUAGCGGCGAUAGACAUUAAACAAACCUGGUCCAGUUUACUGUGUAUGUAACCCUAUUCUGGUUGCUAACAAUUUGGGAGGGGAGGGACAUUUAUAAAAUGCUGUCAGACGGAGCAGUAAAUGUUAUUGGCAAAGCAAGCUGCUUGGCAGAAAAUUGGAAGGAGGAUUAAUAGAGCGUGGAGAUGAGGAUAGGGAUCCGACUAAUGAUUUCAUGGGUACAGAGGUCUCCCAGGUGAGUUCAUCCUCUACUCAGUGAUCAAAUCAAUCAUCCUAAAGGGAAGUUCUGAUCACAUCUGCCCUCCUAUUCAAUAAACUCCAGUGACUCCCUCUUAUCUCCAGAAUAAAAUAAAUGCUACCUUUCCAAUGUUCUUACACCUAACUCCCCUCUUCCAUGUUUCUUUGAUCUGGGGACAUUGACCUCCUUGUUGUUCUUCAUGCAAGGCGUUCCACCUUCUGCAAGAAGCCUUUCUUGACCCCCUUUAAUGCUAGUUUCUUCCCUCUGGGCUGAUCUCCAAUUCAUCCUGUAGAUAGCUUAAUUGUACACAGUUGCUUGCAUGUUGUCUCCCCUAUUAGAUUGCAAGCUCCUUGAGAAAAGGACUUCUUUUUGCUCUCCCCUCCUUUUAUUAUCCUUAGGGUUUAUACAAUGAAUGCAAUACAGUAGGUAAUUAAUAACUGUUUCUUGAUUUGAUGAAACUUCCUCUCCCAAGGUAGAUCAGCAUCUUCCCUCUCUCUAACAGUCUUAGAGAGUUACCUAAAGAAUUAAGAGAUUAAGUGACAUGCCUAGGUUCCAAAGGAAAUUAUGUGUCAGGGAUGAAACUCGAGUUCACUAUCUACUAUGCCAUACUGCCUCAAUCAGGAGAGCAUGCCAAGAAAUGGCCCAAUCCGCUGGAAGAGCUGCCUAGAAGUACUGGGAUAAACUGUGGCAUGAGAAGCUGCAAUCUCUUCUCAAUGUACCAGUUCCACAUUCUCCCCACUUGCCUGUGCACUGUAGCUGUCUUUCAGGAGGCUUAAAAACUUUACCCUGGACACAUAAGUGGAAAGAACAGAGAAAGGAAUAGUUGGAGGUAAAAAAAAAAACAACCCUGAAUUCAAAUUCCAGUUCUAAUAUUUACUAGCUUUGUGACCUCACGCAGGUCAUUUCAUUUUUCUGAGCCUCAGUUUGCUAAUCUGUCAAAUGGGACAAGCAGUACUUUCAUUCUCUAACUCACCAGAGUACUCUCUCUAACUCACCAGGUUGUUGUGAGGAUCAAAUGAGAGAAUGAUCCAUGAGAGUAGACACUGCAUUUACAAUAAAGUCCUACGUGAGAUUUUUAUAAAAGCCAUACAUAACUUGGACAGGGUGACAGGGCUUAGUCCAAUGAUGUCAAAAUUUAGAGGAAUUGAAUACACUUACAGUUUUUCAACAAUGUGGAAACAACUGAACUUAGCCCCUGAUUAGCAAGAAAAAUUAGUUAAAAUAGGAAACAUCUGGAAAGCAGGCUUCCCU